GCAGCAUCGGCCAUGAGAAAUUAACACACUUGUCUGGGUGCCAACUAGGUGUCGAAAUACGUCAGAAUUCAAUUGCCCGCCCUUUGCCCAAGCCGCCAUGUCGGGCCCUUUUAUGACGUUGGAAGACGUCAAGACGGGCUUCUCGCUCUUCUGCGUUGUCUGCGGUAUCGGGACCCUCUCGAUGCCGGCCAACUACGCCCGCGCCGGCUACGUCUGGGCGACGCUCGCCACCAUCUUCAUGGCCGCCAUCAACAUUUACGCCUCCGUGUGCAUCUCCAAGCUCAUGCUCAUCGCGCCGAAACACGUCAAGACGCUCGGUGAUGUCGGUGGCUGGGUCUACGGCACGCCCGGCCGCAUCGUCAUGACGAUCGCGCACGUUCUCGCGUGCACCAUGUCGCCCAUUAUGUUUUUGAUCCUCGGUGGUCAAAUCAUGACGGUGCUCUUCCCGCAUACGUUCUCGGACGUGACGUGGAUCAUCUUUAUGGCCAUCUCGAUGCUGCCCGUGUGCUUGGUGCCCACGGUCAAGGAGAGCGCGUCGCAGGCCGCCGCUGGCUGCCUCGGCGUCCUCCUUGCCGAUGGCAUCGCCAUCUACCUUCUCCUCGACAACAUCCACGUGCCCAACGGUGUGUCGCCGCCGACCCCCGAGAUCGAUUUGGCCGCCGUCACAACCGCCUUUGGCUCGCUCUCGCUCGCCUACGCAGCCGGCACGAUCGUACCGACGCUCCAGCGUGAGCAUUCGCAGCCCGAGCGCAUGCCGCGUGUUAUCGUCGUCACCUUGGUGCUUGUCUCGCUCUUCUUCCUCCUCGUCGCCGUCCUCGGCGACUACAAGGUCGGGUGCCAAAUUCCCGGCAACCUUCUCUUUGCGAUUUCGGACACCAAGCUCGGGUUCGAAGCCGACCGUGGCGGCAUCGUCAUGUCGUACAUCUUCAUGCUGCUGCACAUUGUGAUUGCGUUUGGGCUCGUGCUCUUCCCGACGCUCUUUAUGGCCGAGCGAUACUGCCUCGGCAUGCACAAGGAAGAGGAGGCAACCUACUCGGACGCGAUCGACCUCGAGACGCCCAAGGAGACGACGGACGAAGACCGUCAUUACGACCCAAUGGUGGCCUACGCCAAGCCCGGCGCGUACGUCAAGGCCGCGUUUGUUCGGACCGUCAUUGUCACCAUCUGCGUCGUUAUUGCGAUCGUCUUCAAGGACAAGUUUAGCGACCUCCUGGAUUUCGUCGGUGCGUCCUGCACGGCCCUCUGCUGCAUCAUUUUGCCCAUGGCGUUCUACCUCAAGAAGUUUUACACGACGCUGUCGCUCACCGAGAAAGCGUUUGGCGUCGUGUCGAUCCUCGUGACGAUCGUGCUCGCGAUCUACGUGACGAUUACGACCGGCAUCACGCUCUUCUCGCCGACCGACACCAACAUUGCGUUUCCGUUUUGCGCGCCGACGUACCAGCAUGUUGUGUUUACGAACCGGUCACACUACGGCGCCCCCUAAAUUUGUCGUAUUGUACAUCCUAUUCCAAUCGACUUGUACCACCCACUGAAACGUUGGUUGUUUUAACGUUGGUUGUUUUAACACUGUUC